CCAUUCCUGGCGUCCAAGUUCACCUACAAGACGGUGUACAUGUUGGGAGUAGCGAUGUACGCGGUGGGGAUCGUCCUGCUCCCUUCCAUGGUCGACAUCACGGGGGCCAUUACGAGUCAUCAAGUCGCAAACCAAACAGCGAACUCUACCGAUUUUACUCUGAACUUCACGGCUGAUUCUGCGUACUUGUCGGUAUCACCACCAGUGACAGAAAGUCCAACUGUACGGAGUAGCUCAGCCUCGCCCCUGUACGACGCAGCAGCGACGACAGAACUGAACACGACGGUCGCGAGUCCAGUUACCGGCCAGUGCCGGCUAGCCGGGCACAGGAGGAGGACCUCCCAACACCCGGCAUCAGAAGUUCCCGCCAGGGUUUGGGGACCGCUGCUGUCUGUCUUGGUGGUGAUGGAACAGGGAAAAAAUCUAGCGUACCUGGCCUCUAUCGUGAUGGUGGGAAACGCCGGAGUUGUGAGUAACAUCCUUCUUACCGUGGUAUUUUCUUAGGUUUAACCUUAGUUACGAUAGAGGUUGGUAGCAGGGGAUGGGUGAACAGUGACAAUGUCAAAAAGCUGCAAUCCUUAUGCCCUGUACGUAAGAAAGACAGUGAGGUGAGAGAGUUAAAGCGCCGGUUAGGACACUGUGCCCUCUGCACAUCGUACACAAUAUACUGUGCAAGGAACAACCCUGUAUGGGAGUCGCCGUCCGGGCUGUUUUCCAGCCGAUGAUAU